AUGCCCUCCAAAGGACCCUUGGACGACUUGGAAUCGAUCUUUCGUCGGCCCGCUGAUAUCAACGCCAUUGCUUCUUCCACAGAGUACUUUGGAGCUUCCGGUUCCGACCUCUGGACCUCUGCGGACACUCAAAAUAGCAGACAUACCACCUUGUCCUCUCUUAGUGUUUCGCACCAUCCAAAUGUCACAUGUGCGACUCAAGAUAACUCUGUACUCCCUUUCAAACCUAGCCUUCCGGACUGGAUGAUCCUCACUGCGCCAAAGAUCUCAUGCUGGUAUUCCCAUGUCUCUGCUAUUCACCAGUUCAUCGGGGUAAAGUUUAAGAGGAACAACUUUAUAUCCGGCUCAUUCGAGGUUAUCUUCGGGAACGACGGUACUGCAACGCGGGACUGCAACGGGGUGACGAUGUUCCACCUGAAAGAUGUAUCGCAAAUGCUUCUAUUGCUUAAGCAGCAUUCUUCUUCAUCUCAAACCGGUUGA